UCUCCAUUUGAGUGUAUCUGUCCAUUGAAAAAGAAAAAGAAAUCCUACCUUAUAUUCUGGUUGUAAACAUUCUUCUCUUUCAAUUUGCCUCCUGCUUGUUCUGUGCUUCUCUCUCAAGGUUCUUUUUUCGGUUUGGAUUCCACAUCUAUUUCAGACCCAAGAAAAAAACCAAAGAAAUGUACAACAUUUUGGAUCAUAUCCCCGCUGCUGCUCAAUGCAUUUUGUACACAUUCGACCGCAUAUGGGACCCUGAUAAGAAAGUUGAAAAACUCAAGAAGGAAGUUGACAAACUGAAGAAUGCAAGGAACCAAGUGCAGAAAUCUGUUGAUGUGGCUAUAAAGAAUGAGCAAGAGAUUCUAGAGGGUGUCCAUAGAUGGUUUAUUGAAGUCGAUAAGAAGCUUACUGAAGAGGAAGUGAAAAUAACCAAGGCUGAAGAAACAGCAAGGAAGAGAUGUUUCCUGGAGUCGUUUCCGAAUUUCAUGUCUCGUUACCAUCUCAGGAAGGAAGUGGAUAAGGAGGCCAAGGUCAUUGAUCAACUCUUGAAAGAUGGCGAAUUUGACGGAGUGGCCCAUAUACCUGCUUCAGAUAUCAGCUUCAAGUCAAGAGAGCAUGCUUUGGCUGAGAUUAUAAACGCAUUGAAGGAUGCAAAUGUAAACAUGAUAGGCGUUUACGGGCUUGCUGGUGUGGGCAAGACCACCCUAGUCAAAGAAGUUGCUAGACAAGCCAAAGAGAGCAAGUUAUUUGAUGCCCUGGCCAUGGUAGAUGUAACCAAGGCUUCGGACACAGAAAAUAUUCAAGAAGAGUUGGCAGACCAGAUUGAUUUGGUGUUUACUGACAACAUAAAUAUUACACGUCUGAGAGCGGAUCGGAUACGUCAGAAAUUAAAGUCCACGAAGACUCUUGUGAUUUUAGAUGACAUAAGGAGCAGACUAAAUCUGAAAGCAAUUGGUAUUCCCUUCGGACAUUAACUGGUGGCUUGCAAGAUCCUGCUGACAUCUAGAGAUCUCAAUGUCCUAUCCAGUGAGAUGGGAGUCGAAAACAAUUUCGGAAUUAGCGUUUUAGCUUAAGAAGAAGCCUGGGACCUUUUCAAGAAGAUGGCUGGUGAUGGUGUUGAGCAUCCUCGCUUGCGGUCUACAGCGAAAGAAGUAUCUCGCGGGUGCGCGGGUUUACCUCUAGCCAUUGUGACAUUUGCAAAGGUUUUGAAGAAUAAAAGUUUCAUCCAAAGGAAGGCUGCCUUGAAUCAAUUGAAAUGGCAUAAUCCGAGUAACUUAACGGAAGGGACUUCCUCAAGAAACCUCACUGGAAUACCAGCAGAUGUCUAUUCAGCCAUAAAACUAAGUUACGACUACUUAGAAAGUGAAGAACAUAGAUUGACUUUCUUGUUGUGCAGUCUAUUGGGUCGUAAAGCGACUAUGUUUAACUUGUUGACAUAUGCCAUGGGAUUGGGCUUAUUUCAAGGCAUAAUUACAUUGGAAGAAGCAGGAGUCAAGGUGGAGGCAUUGAUCAAUCAACUCAAAUGCUCCUAUUUGCUGCGUGACGGAUUUGCACAUUGGCAGUUUUCCAUACAUGACAUUGUUCGCGAUGUUGCGAUGUCAAUUCCAUUCAGGGGAGGCAACAUACUUUCAAUGACGAAUGAGGUAACAUUAAAAGAUUGGGAAGACAAAAUAUUUGCAAAAAAUUGUACAGCGAUUUCACUAUUGGAUAAUGAGCCCAUGGAGCUUCCUGACGAACUAAACUGUGAGCGACUUCAAUUUCUUCAUAUUUCAUGUAAGGUUUCCUCCUUGAAUGUUCCAGACGGGUUUUUUGCACGGACGAGUGAGUUAAAAAGUGUUAGACUUGACCAACAUGAACUUAUCGUCUUUGCCUUCAUCAAUCACUCAACUAGCAAAUCUUUGUACGCUGCACCUUGAUAAAUGUCUAUUAAAAGACAUAGCUAUUAUUGGAGAGCUGAAGGAUUUAGAAAUUCUUUCCCUUCAGCGAGCAACAAUUGAGGAACUACCAGAGGAAAUUAAGCAGCUAACCAAGCUAAGGUCUUUGAAUUUGAGUAAGACCAAAAUCAAGGCAAUUCCACCAAAUCUGCUUUCAAGUCUGUCCAGAUUGGAACAGCUAUAUUUGUGUGAAAGCUUUGUUGAGUGGGAGGUUGACGGAGGGAAAAAUGCCUGUCUAGUCGAGUUGAAAGAUUUGUCAUGCCUGACAACUCUGGAAUUUCAGAUUCGUGAAACCAACAUUAUACCAAAAGACUUGUUCCAUGAAAGGUUGGAAAGAUUCAAAAUUCUAAUUGGAGAAGCAUGGAAAUGGUAUGGUUUGUCUAUCCCAAGAACGUUGAAACUGAAGCUAAAUACAAGACUCCUUCAAGAUCGUGGGAUAAAAAUGUUGCUGAAGAAAUCCGAGGCUCUAUAUCUGAAUCUAGAUGAACUAGAAGGUGUGAAGAGCCUUCUUUACGAGUUAGACCAUGAAGGUUUUCCAAACCUGAAGUAUCUCCAUGUCAAAAGUGGCUCCAACAUUGAGUACAUUAUUCAUUCCAAGCAGUGGAUUAUCUCUAAAGCAUUUCCUGUCUUAGAGUCAUUAUUUCUGCAGAAUUUGACAAAUUUGAAGAAAAUUUGCAAUGGUCAACUCCCACCAGAAUCAUUUAGCAGACUAAAAAACGUAAAAGUUGCAAGCUGUAAGAAACUGAAGAAUUUGUUUUCAUUCUCCGAGGCCAGAGUGCUUCUUCAACUUGAAGAGAUUGAAGUGAAUGAUUGUGAAAAUGUCACAGAGAUUAUUUCUGAGGAAAAAGCCAUUGAUGAUAGUGAAGCAAUGGACAAACUGGUGUUUCGUCAAUUACGGUCCCUGAGACUACAAUCUCUCCCGCAGCUCAUUUGCUUCUGCUCUAGAGAGGUUCAUCCAAAGACAAGCAGUACAAGGUCCACAUCAGACAAGUCAUCUUGUUGCAGUGAAAUAUUGGAUGACAAUGAAGCAACCAACAAAAGUGUGUCUAGUCUGUCUAGGUCCUUGAGACUACAGUCUCUCUCAAAGCUUUGCUUCUGCUGUAGAGAGGUUAGCUAUAUCGAGACAACCAGCACAAGUUCCAGAGAUAUGACACUGUUGAACCAAAAGAUUUUGUUCCCUAGCAAGGAUUUUACAUCGUUCCAUUGCAUUCAAAAUUUGACAAGCUUGGUUAUUAGGGAUUGUAAUUCACCACAACACCUGUUUUCAGUUUCCGUGGCUACAACUCUAAUGCAGCUUAAAUUUCUGGAGAUAAACAAAUGUGAAAUGAUGAGAGCGAUAUUAGUCACAGAAGAAACGGGGGCAAGUCAUAUAUAAGGUUUCGUUUUCUCAGCUGAACUCUCUGAAGCUGAUAAAUCUUUGCAGGCUAAAAGGAUUUUGUUCAGGAAACUCCAUAUUAAUCGAAUUUCCAUCCUUGAAGCGAUUGGAGAUAGACCAAUGCUCAGAAUUGAAGGAAUUUGUCUUCAAAUCUAUCAGUAUAGACAGAAAACCUCAAGAUACUGACUCUGACAGCAGCUUAAAAAUACCUCUCUUUAAUGAAAAGGUUACAUUUCCUAGCUUGGAGACAAUGAUAAUCAGCCGUCUGAAAAACUUGACUUAGAUAUAUCAUAACCAAUUGGCUGCAGAUUCCUUUUGCAAACUAAAACUAAUGCGAGUUCGACUGUUUGAGAAGCUCUUAACCAUUUAUCCGUCUGAUAAAAGCACGUUAAGGAGAUUCCAGGAACCCUUGACACUGGAUAUAUAUGAUUGUGGUUCACUACAAGAAGUAUUUAAUCUCCAGGGGAUACCUGUGGAAGAAACAAAAGCUGCAGUAGCCACUCAAUUGAGCAAGCUGUAUCUCUGUAAGCUACCAAAUUUGAAGUUUGUGUGGAAUAAGGACCCUCAAGGAAUACUUACCUUUCAAAAUUUGCAGUUUCUGAGCGCCCGUAAAUGUGAGAGUCUCAAGCAUAUAUUUCCAACCUCAGUGGCUAAAGGUCUUGCGCAGCUUGAAAUACUAGAAGUGAAGGAAUGCGGGUUGGAGGAAAUUGUAGCAAAGGAAGAGGGAAUAGAAGAAGCCAUUGAAUUCGGAUUUCCUCGGUUAUCAACUUUAGAACUUUGUCACCUAACGAAACUCAAAUGCUUCUAUCCAGGGACACAUACUACACACUGACCAGUUUUGAAAAAUUUGGUUGCCUCUCACUGCCAAGGACUAAAGAUAUUUGGUACAGAAGAUAGCAAGAAUGAAAUAAAUGAGAUGGACAGACAGCAGCCAUUUUUCUUGUUUGAAAAGGUCAUCCAUCAAUUGGACGAAUUGUCAUUAAACCGUGAUGACAUUGCAUCAAUAACUGACCGCCGGUAUCCAAUGGACUAUUUUCAUUAUGUAAAAGUUCUUCGUGUGGUGUCCUGUCCUGAUAACAUAUCUGGUUUUCUAUCUUUUCUCGAACGAUUCUACAAUCUGAAGAAGCUUGUUGUGGUUUCUUGUAAAUUCAGAGAGUUAUUUGAGGGGACUUCCCUAUCAAGAGUUAUUAAAAAACUUGAGAGUACAGAAGUGUGGGAAUGUGAUUUGUUGAGUAAUUUAACGCCUUCAGCAUCUUUCCAGAGUCUCACAACUCUUGAUGUGUGGAACUGCCAAGGGAUGAUCAAUUUAGUUUCAUCAUCAACAGCAAGAACUCUGGUGCAACUGAUGGACAUAAGAAUAAGAGAAUGCAAUAAGUUGACAGAAAUAGUGGCAGAGGAGGAAGGAGACAGAGGAGAUAAGAUUGUAUUUCAAAACUUGAAAUUUUUGGAAUUUCAAUCAUUAGAAAGGCUCACAAGCUUUUGCCAAGGGAACUUGGGCUUCGACUUCCCAGCCUUGGAAAAAGUAAUUGUGGAACAAUGUCCCAAUAUGAAUAGCUUCUGUCAGGGAAAGUUAAUCACGGGCAUAUUGAGAGUAAAACCUGGAGAAGGGAAGGGAAAAGGGCGUCAGACAGAUGAUCUGAAUGCCGAUAUUAAGAGAUUGAGCGAAGAAGAGAAGCCAUCAAGAGAAGGAAGAACACAACAGAGCUAAAAGACCUCCUUGAAGAUGAGAAACCCAGCUUUGAAGGUGCACAGGAGCAACUGGAUUUCCCCAAAGAAGCUUUCCAUCUGAUUGUUUAAACUCUGUUAUACUCAGGUUAGCUUUCACUCAUGAAAGCGAAUUAUCAAAUUUCUGUUAGAUCACCCGAACAUAAAUUUUUUAAGGUUCUUUAUAGUUGCUGAAGUAAAUGUAGAGCCAUUCAGCUACAUUUAGAGGCUCAAAGAAACAGAACGGCUAUCAUCUGCAAAAUGCAAAUGAGAAACGACUCCGAGCCAGUCACCAUCACA